AUGACUGAAUUUCAGUUUGACGGUGACAUAAGUGACUUAAGUUUUAAACAAAGAGAACUAAUUGCUAAGGUGCUUAAAGAGAAAGGCUUCAAAGAUAUAAAAAUUGAAGUACAACCAGUGGGCAAAGAAGGUGACAACUUUGCAUCUAAUGUGAAAAGAAUCACAGUAGAAAAAGAUAGUGAAACCUUUAAGAUAAUUGCUAAAGUGGCUCCAAAAACCGAAACAUUACGAGCUAUUGUAAAUGCAGAGAUCUUUUUUCAAAACGAGCAUGUCAUGUAUACCGAAGUGCUGCCUAAGUUUUCUGAAUUAGAAAUAACCGCAAAUAUUCCAGAGGAGGAAAGACUAAGAUACGCAAUUUGUUAUGGGACAUACUUAGAAGCACCUAAUGAAAUGAUUCUUUUAGAAGAUUUAGAAGUAACUGGAUACAAGAUGUUUGAUAAGUUCACUCCAUUGCCAGAUGAAACUGUGAAACUUGUUCUUAAAAAUUUUGCUACAAUACAUUCUUUGUCAUAUGCUCUAAAAUACCAAGAAACAGAGACGUUUGAAAACUUUUGUAAGAAACUUGUCAAUACAUGGGUAUACAUGGUUAACGUACCUGAAAUUGUUGAUUAUUUUGAGAGGCUUGACGCUGAUGUGCAAACGUUAAUAGAUGACGACAAAUAUAAGAACGAGGUUAAAAACGCAACGGCUCAAAUGAUUUCGCGUGCAUCGGAACUGGACAAAAUGUAUUCCAGCUCGAAAUUCUCCGUAAUUCAGCAAGGAGAUUCGUGGACGAACAACAUUAUGUUCAGAAUUGAGGAUGACAGAGCAGUGGAGUGUUGUAUGAUCGACUAUCAACUAUCUAAACAGAGUAGUCCCGUCGCUGAUCUUCAUUUCAUGAUUUUCAAUUGCACCGAUCAUGCUACGAGAGCAACACAUUUCUAUGACUGGAUCGAUUAUUAUUACUUGCAAUUGGGUAAAAGAUUGGCGAAAUUCGAACUAAAAACCGAUGAAAUUUAUCCUAAAUAUCAACUCAAAGUGGAUUUAAAAAUAUGUGCCAAGUUCGCUCUUGGGCAUGCUAUUGUAUUGGCUGCAUUAGUAUUCAAAGAGACAGGAGAUGCGACUGAAGUUAAGGAAAUGAUGAAUAACGUGCAUCCUAAUAUAUAUAAGUAUGAAAUGACUGUACAAACAAAACUAUCAACUUUAGAUUCUGUAACGAUAAAGAAAUUCAAGGCACGAUUAGAAGAACUUGUCGAUAGUUUUAUUGAGUUUGGGUAUUUAUAA